AUGGCGGAUUUGGAUGAUUUGCUCUUGGAGGCUGCAGGAAGAACAAGUUCGGGUCGGAAAAGCCGGCACUCACAUUCAUCUUCAAAGAGGAGACGUGAUGAUUCAUAUUCUGAUGGUGGAAGUGACUCUAGGGGUGAUGACUCUGAUGAUGGUCGUGGCUAUGCGAGUAGGAAACCCUCAGGAUCUCAAGUUCCUUUGAAGAAGCGGCUGGACCCUUCAGAAGUAGGUGAUGAACAUGACAGCCAGGAUGAAGGUGAUUAUAAUGAUAGUGGCUCUGAUCGUGGGGGUGAGAGCAACGAAUCUGAUGUCGGCAGCGAUCUUUACAAAGAUGAAAACGACAGGCGAAAGCUUGCGGAAAUGUCUGAACUUCAAAGAGAGCUGAUUCUGUCUGAUAGAGCACAGAAGAAAGAUGAUAAGAGUCUAAAGGAGAAAUUCAGACCGAAGUGGGAUAAAGGGAAGGCUACACAGUCCAGGAAAGUGACUCCACCUCUCCCAUCUUCUCGAGUGCGCUCCUCAGCUAGAUCUGCUGACAGGGCAGCUGCCAAAGAUGAUGCAUUGAAUGAGUUACGAGCAAAACGUUUGAAACAGCAGGACCCUGAAGCUCACCGUAAAUUGAGAGAUGUAUCUAGAGGAAGUGUGGGGAGUAAGAAUUUCUCACACACCAUCAAGAAGUCUUUCUCUGCUGUCCGUCGGAGUAGCUCUAGUCAGAGUGACAGUGAAAGUCGGUCUCAUAGUGAUGAUGAUGGGUCAAGUGCAGAUGAUGCUAUUGACAGUGAUGAUGAAAGGGGCAAUCAGGGACUAACAUUUGAAGAUAUAAAGGAAAUUACCAUUCGGAGGUCAAGACUUGCAAAGUGGCUUAUGGAACCGUUUUUUGAAGAAUUAAUCGUGGGUUGCUGUGUACGGGUUGGAAUUGGGAAGACUAAGUCUGGGCGGCCCAUCUACAGGCUGUGCUCAGUCUGUAAUGUGGACUCUUCAGAUCCUGAUCGGCAGUACAAACUAGAGAAUAAAACCACACACAAGUAUCUGAAUGUGGUUUGGGGCAAUGAAAACUCCGCUGCUCGGUGGCAGAUGGCUAUGGUUUCAGACUCUUUACCUCUAGAAGAGGAGUAUGAUCAGUGGGUUAGAGAGGUGGAGAAAAAUGGUGGCCGCUUGCCAAGCAAAGAGGAUGUGCUGGAAAAAAAGGAAGCCAUAAAAAAAACCAAUACAUUUGUCUACUCAGCCAAAACUGUGAAGCAGAUGAUACAGGAGAAAAAAUCUGCUUCAUCAAGGCCAUUGAACAUUGCGCUUGAGAAGGACCGGUUGAGGAGGGAAUUGGAAAUUGCACAAAGCAAGCAUGAUGAUGCAGAGGUGGAAAGGAUCAAGGCAAGGCUUGAGCAGUUGGAAGCACGGCAACAAUCACAGGGGAAAGAUAGCAAGGCUGUUAGGCUUGCUGAGAUGAACAGAAAGAAUAGAGUUGAUAAUUUCAAGAAUGCCUCGGGAUUAAAACCUGUAAAAACGGGUUUAAAAGCUGGGGAGGCUGGUUAUGAUCCAUUUUCGAGGAGAUGGACCAGGUCAAGAAAUUACUAUGUUUCAAAGCCUGAUGAACAAAAAGAUGAUGCAGAGGCCAAUGCUGUUGCUGCUGAGUCAUUGGCAGAGGUAGAAACUAAUGGAACAGGAGGAGUAGUAGCAGUACGAGCUGGCUUGGAAGCCACAGCGGCAGCUCUGGAAGCUGCAGCCGGUGCUGGGAAGUUGAUUGAUACGAUGGCUCCGGUUGAUCAAGGAACAUCGUCAAAUCCAUUGCACAAUUUUGAGCUGCCAAUCUCGUUGGCCACACUUCAGAAGUUUGGUGGCCCGCAAGGAGCUCAGGAAGGAUUCAUGGCAAGAAAACAAAGGAUAGAAGCAACAGUUGGUGUCCGAGUACCAGAGGAUGAUGGGAGGAGGCACGCAUUGACGCUUUCAGUUAGUGACUACAAGAGAAGAAGAGGGCUUCUCUGAAAUGCAAAUAAAGCUGCUCGAGCCAAUGCUGUCAUGAAAGACGCAACAUCAGCUUUUUCGGCAGAAACUGAAUUGGUGUCGCUGGUGAAGGCAAAGCUUAUUCUUUAAAGUUUAAGCUAUAAGAACCACAUUUGUUCCGGUGGUAGUGCACACUAGUCGUGGUUGGUUCUUUGUAUUUCCUGGUAAGUGCAAUUCUGGUUGAUCUGUUAUAUUAUGUUGUAUGAUUAUAAAGUUGAUUAACUUGCAGGACUGCAUAAGAAUAUUGUAUUUGUAUCCUUUCUCUUCUCUAUGUUUAGUGAUGGGCUUAGAUACUUGUCAGUUUUAAGCAUCUCUAA